AUGUUUUGUAACCGGAGGAGCAGCCGCUCCCGGCUGGAGCGGGGCCAGUGGCCGCUCGUACCAGGCAUCGCCGCCUCCGCCUGCCUUCCCAGCACCCAAAAAGGCCCAAUUGAACCCAAAAUCGGGGGCCUGGGCCACCAGCGACCUUACCGGACGGUGUGCGCCCGGGCGGCAGAGGACUCCACCGUCCUACGGCUGCCGGUCGAAGCCUUCUCUGCCGUCUUCGAGAAGUACCCCGAGAGCUUGGUGAGGGUGGUGCAGAUCAUCAUGGUGCGCCUACAGCGUGUCACCUUCUUGGCUUUGCACAACUACCUUGGGUUGACGAACGAGCUCUUCAGCCACGACAUGCAACCGCUCCGGCUUUUCCCCCAACCCGGCCACGCCGCCCGCACCAGCCCAGUCCGCCACGGCAAGCGGGGCCUCGGCGGUGCCGAUGAGGGGAGGGAACCGGUCGACCCACUGAAAGCCGGAGGCCUGGAGACCCCCGCGCCACCACCGCCGCCGCCGCCGUUGAGCCGCUGCAUCUCCAUGCCGGUGGAUAUCUCCGGCAUCCAGAAGGGUCCCCGCUCUGACUUCGACAUGGCCUACGAACGCGGCCGCAUCUCGGUGUCGCUGCAGGAGGACAGCACCGGUGCCUUGGCCGCCUUCUCCCGGUCAGUCUCGCACGAGCCCAAGGAGCGCAAGUCGGUGACGGUGGAGGAACAACCUUCUGGUGUCUACCACUACAACUACUGCGAGGACGAUUCGGCAACUGGGGACUGUCCCUUUGGGCCCUACCAGGGCCGCCAGACCAGCGCCAUCUUCGAGGCUGCCAAGCGGGAGCUGGUCAAGCUCAUGAAGGUGGAGGACCCUUCUCUCCUCAACAACCGCGUCUUGCUCCAUCACGCCAAAGCCGGGACAGUCAUUGCCCGUCAAGGGGACCAGGACGUGAGCCUCCACUUUGUGCUGUGGGGCUGCCUACACGUGUACCAGCGGAUGAUCGACAAGGCAGAGGAUGUCUGCCUCUUCUUGACGCAGCCCGGCGAGAUGGUGGGCCAGCUGGCCGUGCUCACCGGCGAGCCCCUCAUCUUCACCAUCAAGGCCAACCGCGACUGCACCUUCCUCAAGAUCUCCAAGUCGGACUUCUACGAGAUCAUGCGGGAGCAGCCUAGCGUGGUGCUGAGUGUCGCCCACACCGUGGCUGCCCGUAUGUCACCCUUCGUGCGCCAGAUGGACUUCGCCAUCGACUGGAUGGCGGUGGAGGCCGGCCGGGCGCUCUACAGGCAGGGUGACAAGUCGGACUGCACCUACAUCGCGCUCAACGGGCGUCUCCGCUCCGUCAUCCAGAAGGGCAGCGGCAAGAAGGAGCUCAUCGGGGAGUAUGGCCGCGGGGACCUCAUCGGCGUGGUGGAAGCCCUCACCCGGCAGCCCCGUGCCACCACGGUCCACGCGGUCCGGGACACGGAGCUGGCCAAGCUGCCUGAGGGCACCUUGAACAAUAUCAAGCGCAGAUACCCCCAGGUUGUCACCCGCCUCAUCCACCUCCUGAGCCAGAAGAUCUUGGGAAACCUUCAGCAGCUCCGCGGGCCCUUUGCAAGCUCCAGCUUGGGCAUGGCCUCCAGCUCGGAGCCCACCAACCCCACCAGCAACCUGUCGACAGUGGCGGUGCUGCCAGUGUGCGACGAUGUGCCCACGGCUGCCUUCACACUGGAGCUCAAGCAUGCGCUCAACGCCAUCGGUCCCACGCUGCUCCUCACCAGCGACAUCAUCCGUGCCCGUCUCGGCUCCUCAGCGCUGGACAGCAUCCAGGAGUACCGCCUGUCGGGCUGGCUGGCACAGCAGGAGGACAUCCACCGCAUCGUCCUGUACCAAACCGACUGUACCCUGACGCCGUGGACCGUGCGCUGCAUCCGUCAAGCCGACUGCAUCCUCAUCGUAGGGUUGGGUGACCAAGAGCCGGCGCUGGGAGAGCUGGAGCAGAUGCUGGAGAACACGGCGGUGCGCGCGCUGAAGCAGUUGGUCCUCCUACACCGCGAGGAUGGUCCCAGCCCUUCCCGCACCGUUGAGUGGCUCAACAUGCGCAGCUGGUGCUCGGGUCACCUCCACAUCAAAUGUCCCCGGCGUGUCUUCUCCCGCCGGAGCCCCACCAAACUGCGGGAGAUGUACGAGAAGGUGUUUGAGAAGAGCGCCGACCGGCACAGCGACUUCUCCCGGUUGGCGCGGGUCCUCACCGGCAACACCAUCGCCCUCGUCCUGGGGGGCGGCGGAGCCAGGGGUUGCUCCCACAUCGGGGUGAUCAAGGCGAUGGAGGAGUCGGGGAUCCCCAUCGACAUGGUGGGUGGCACCUCCAUCGGCGCCUUCAUCGGGGCGCUCUACGCCGAGGAGCGCAGCGCCGUCCGCACCAAGCAGCGGGCGCGUGAGUGGGCCAAGUGCAUGAAUUCGGUGUUUGAGACCGUCCUGGACCUCACCUACCCCAUCACCUCCAUGUUUUCGGGUUCAGCCUUCAACGCCAGCAUCAACAAAGUUUUCCAGGACAAGCAGAUCGAGGACCUGUGGCUGCCCUACUUCAAUGUCACAACCGACAUCACGGCUUCGGCCAUGCGGGUGCACACGGACGGCAGCCUUUGGCGCUACGUCCGAGCCAGUGCGUCUUAUACCCCAUACCUGCCUCCGCUCUGCGACCCCAAGGACAGCCACUGGCUCGUGGACGGCUGCUAUGUUAACAAUGUCCCAGGCUCGCUCUGGCGGUACGUGCGAGCCAGCAUGACCCUUUCUGGGUACCUACCGCCACUCUGCGACCCCAAGGACGGCAACUUACUGAUGGACGGUGGUUACAUCAACAACCUGCCAGCCGACAUCGCCCGCAACAUGGGUGCCAAGACGGUGAUCGCCAUCGACGUGGGCAGCCAAGACGAGACGGACCUGUGCAACUAUGGGGACAGCCUGUCUGGCUGGUGGCUUCUCUGGAAACGUCUCAACCCCUGGGCUGAAAAAGUCAAGGUGCCCGACAUGGCGGAGAUCCAGUCCCGUCUGGCCUACGUGUCGUGCGUUCGACAGCUGGAGGUGGUGAAGUCCAGCUCGUACUGCGAGUACAUCCGCCCCCCCAUCGACCGCUUCAAGACCAUGGAUUUCGGCAAGUUCGACGAGAUCUAUGACGUGGGGUACCAGCACGGCAAGGUGGUCUUCGACGGCUGGAGCCGGGGUGACAUCAUCGAGAAGAUGGUGAAGGACCGGCGUUCGGCUGACUUCUACGAGAGCAAACGCAUGGACGUGCUCACGUGUCCCAGCGCUGGCUUCACCGACCUGGCGGAGAUCGUGUCCCGCAUCGAGCCCGCCAAGCCCUACUUGUCCGACGGCUACGCGGACGAGGAGUCCGACUACCUCACCGAGUACGAGGACGAGGGGCCGGAGCCGGCACGGGGCGAGGAGGACGCGUUCACCCCCGCCGAGUGGGCCAGCGCCGGCGCCUUGGAGGCUGAGGAGGAGAAGACCCUGCGGCACCGCCCCAGCCCGGCGGGGUGUCCCCCCCCACCGCCGCUACCCGACGCCCCAAAUUCCACCCCCCCCGCCUCUUUCUGCGGCCGCUUCCCCGGCCGGGGCUCGGCCCCGCGGCACUUUCCCACUCGUCCCGCCGUGUCCCCAAGCUGGGGUGACGCAGGGGGGGGCUCCAGGGACCCCCAUUUUCCUGCCCAGCCGUGCCCCACGGGGGAGGAGAGGACGUGA